UAAAAUGCGAAUAUUCUCCACCGCCAGACAGACAACUACCUCAUAUUCUUUGUAACUUUGCCAUAUAUUAAUCAUGAAUCCGUUCAAGAGAAUGCUCUCAAAGUCAGAUGACGACAAGACGGCAUCUCUUAAGCACUCCAAAUCAAUGCCGUACCUCCUUUCUUUAGAAGGGAGGACGCCCGAGCAUCGUGUUAAUCCCAAACCCGUAUACCGUGGCAAGACCCCCCUCAAAAAGUCCGAUAUUGUGUAUGUCGAGCAAGCUCCAGGGAUACUGGAGAUCUAUCAUGGAAAACUGUCUCAACAUACCUACUACCAUGGACCAACUCGUGCAGACUUUGAUACGCGCACGGACUUGCUGGCCAAGUUUCCCCAUUCCUCUGAACCAACUGAGGGGUUCCCUCGCAGCGGUUUCAGAACGAUUUCUUUGAACUCACAGACUAUCGGGCCUCAAGUGCCUUUCCGCAAUUCGAGCACAAGUGGUCAACAAGUCUACCCCUCCAUUCUCCACACAACGCAGAGGCCUAAGGCCACCGUUGAUCAAGCUUCAGCAGGUGUACUGCAGAUCCCUGACGACAAUACUCGCAAUGGCAGACUAGUAGAACGUAUUCGCGCUAAUUCGAGCACUGGUUGCUCGUACACCCCUGCUCCUACCACUUACUCUCCACAUCCAUUCAUCUCGCGCUCUGCGCACAGCUCACGCGUAAACAUUCCUCACGUUCCAUCCCAUGUUACUAUUCCAAUCACUGCUGCACCAGACCAUGAUCAUUCUUCCAAACCUCACGGGGACUACCGUAAAUUUUUAAAGGAGCAGGACCCAAACGUCAUCUGUAGAAUGAUUAACCAAUAUCCUAUAGCGCCUCUUUGUACCGAACGUACCCCAGAGCACUUGCGCCCCAUUCGUUUUGACAUGGUUGAUCAAUGUUACGUCAAGGCAUUUAGGGAGAACAUAGAGAUGGCCGUUGCCCAAGGCCGUCCUCUCGAUGUACGUGCGGGUGGUCCCUACCGCCGCAUCGUUGUGUAGACAACCUAAUGUCAUUAUGGAGACUGGCAGUCAGCGGUCUUAUUAGGUUUAUUGUAUCAAUGAUCUUGUGAAGACGGAGGAAGCUUAUGCAGAAACUUCAAAGAGAUUUGGCGUUGUCGUGCCUGUCUUGUAUAUUUGUAUGCAUAUGAUCUAU